ACGCCGCAGUUUGCGACACUGUCUUCGCGGACAGACAAGAAUGAAACUUGGCAUACCGUUCUUCUGUGUCCUAGGAGCGGCCCUCGGAACGGCGGGGGCUCUUUACAUCGAGCCAGGUUGUAUAGUCCAAUCGCAGUGGGAAGUACCGUUAUUAUGGCCAGACACCUACGUAAGUGUGUGGAUUCCACCUGGCGAAUCAUUCACAGCUUUCGAUCUGGAAGUGACUCUCAAGGGGCAUGAUGUAAGGUUAACAAGUGACAAGAUAUCUCUCACAUCGGAUGAAGUUUCCCUUUCUAAGAAGAGGGAAUUCGCAGAUGAACCAAAUAGUGUAAGUCAUCAUCCAUUUCAACAAACUGCUGGGGAAGGAUGGAGAGACUACAGAUUCUCGUUGAAAGACUACGCCAUCACUUCAUUCGCGGAUAACAAGACCAUUUGGCUGAACAACUCGAGAGGUUAUGAUCCAGUCCAGAUCAAGGUCACUGGGAGCAAUGUCACCGUCAACUGUUUCUCUGCUGUUCGAGUAUGGAACGUGACGGGGACACCAGCCAUAGUGCCUCUAGGUGGAGGGAGCGAGCACUUUCUGAGUGUCUUCUCGGUCCACGAGAUCAGGCCCACUCUUACUCUGGGAAGAGAGGAGUUAAGUUUAUCCCAAAAGGGUUUAAUGGCAGUGGAUGCACCCGAUCCUCUUCCGGCUUUUGAGGAACAGAAUCUUACGCUCACUUUUCAUAAUAGUUCUUCCAAUUUUGUUACCUGUUAUGUAAAGUUAGGGGGAAAGAUUAACACCUCGAUAGCCGUGCCCAACGAUUUACGGCGAAAGUUUACGGUUAAGAGCAGUGGGAAGCAGUUCUACCUUCUUGUUCAUCAGUCACCAUCCAGUUCUUCAGACCUCUUGGUAUCAUCACAUAAAGACGGCGAUGGCGACGCCGUCGUGGCACUGUCGGUAUUGUCAGCAGUUGCCGUCUUGGGGCUGAUGGGUCUCCUGUUCUACCUCUGGACAUUAAAGAAAACAGAACACAAAACACGUUUUGAUGAAGAGGAACCGCUCAUCGAUAGAGCACAGCCAUCUGAACACGAACAGCCCUCCCUCCUGCUGGCGGCGGUGGCAGAGGACAACAUCCCGCAGGUCCGGGCUCUCCUCUCUGACGUCGGCAGCCUUGACAACGCAUUGGUCGAGGCGCAUCUUCUGAGGCGAGCCGACGUCAUCCCGAUUCUGAGAGAGAAGUCACUGCUUACAGACAAUGAUGUCAUUAAAAUGGUUCUGCGGGAGUAUCGUCGGCGGGAGGACGAGAUAAUGGCGGCAGCAAAGAGCGGCCGUUACCGACUUGAAGUGGACCAAUUGCUGAGGCGCUACGAGCUUCCGGCUACACUGAGGGAUACCGAGGGAAAGACCAUCCUCCAUCACGCUGCCUCAGCCAAGGAUGCCUCUGGGGCACCCCUCUGGACAGCGGACAACAUUCGCUCGUUCCUCACUAACCACACCUGCUUCGUCAAUGCUGUAGAUUAUCAAGGACGUACAUGCCUUCAUCUCCUGGCGCAGGCUGCUGUCAUUUCCACUCAUGAUAUCACAUGGAAUGGUCGUGACGUAAAGGUUACUGAGGCUUGGCUCAAAAUGGCCAAUCUCCUUGUGACACAUGGUUGCCACCCCAGCUCGGACUUUUCCGGAGAAUUCCCACAUGAAUUGGCAAAGCAAAAUGGUCAUCAUAAACUUGCAACAUAUUUAGAACAGGCAUAUCAACAAUCAGCCAAUGUAAGCAGGGAUGCCAGUCUGUUUCGAGAAUUGGUGACUGCUGUUCAAGAGAACAAUGUGAGCGAAAUAAGGAACCUGUUGUUGCGCAGGGCUCAUCUCCUUCCGCUGGGAGCCAGGCAGGACCCCUUGACUGAGGCUGUGCGGCGAGGCCACUUGGAGGCCGCUACGAUGCUGUUGAGCGCUGGAGCCCCACUCUGUGGGCGGCCCUUGGUGUCCAUCACGCCCCUGGAGACUGCUCAUAGCAAGGCUGACCUCCAGGGUCUGCUGCCUGCCAUCCUGAGAAAGGAAUAUGUGAAUAAACUGAAGCAUGAAGCCAGUACCGUCAAAGGAGGUGAACCUGAGACUUAUCUCCAAGAAAAUGUAGAGAAACUUGCAGCACAAUUAGAGGAUGUUGGACCCAAAGCCACGUGGGAGUUCACGAGAGUUUAUGGAAACAAAACAGACCGCAGUAGGAAGGCGAGAGAGUUACUGUGCGCAGCUGCCGGGCUUGGGCUUCCUCUCACGUGCCAGCUGUUCGGGCUGGAGGACGUACACCUUCACCCUCUCCCUCGAGAAGCGAACCCCGUGUACAGCGCGCUGAAGGGCAACAAGCAAGAGACGCUGUACGUGUUGUUCAGAGAUCUGCAUAUGUCUCUUUCUGUUGGGAGUGAUACCAAGCUUCCGGAGGGAUUUCAUGCCGAACUUUUGCAUAAUGAGAUUGAGAAUUUCAAGAAAAAGUGCAAGAAAAUGAAAGAAUUUGCUGGAAAGAGUGCAGACUCUCAAAUAGAAGAAUUAGACAAGUCGUUAAAAGGUCUUUUAAAAGAAAAUAUUUCGAAAAAUAUGAUGCUCAUUAUCUCCAGAUAUGGCUUUGUCUUACUUUUGCAGAAACUUAGAGAACAUGUUUCUUUUAACAGAGUGAUUGAUGACUUAACUGGAUUCACAAUGCUACAUAUAUCAGCAUUAUACGGAACACUGGCCAUGGUAGAGUAUCUGCUCUUCAAUGGAGCAAAUAUUGCAUGCAAAUCAAAGGAUGGGUUUACAGCUGAAGAAGUGGCAGCAACGAAAGGGAACAGGGAAUGCAUGGAGUACCUCGAAUUUUACAGAUUGCAUGAAUCGAAUAGUGCGAAUAAAACCUCGGACAAUGACUUUGCAAAUAGACUGGCUGAUGGAUACAAAGUUCAAGUAAAAGACUUUUCGACCCUGCUUCUCCCUGAAGAAUUUGGAAUGAAAAUUCUAAGUGAGUCCCAAGAAAGCACCAUGGUAAAAUUGCUUCUACAGAAAAAGAUGCAAGACCUGGCGAUCUCAGGCAAUGAUAGCUUCAGACAGUUCAUUAAAGGGUGGAUGAUAGAACCACAAUCUAAAAAUGUAAUUGAAGAAGAAGUAAAAAACAUCCUUAGAGAGGUUGCAAAGAAACCAAACUCAAAAUUCGAAGGAAAAUCAAUUCAAAGACACUCAGAAACAAUUCCUGAAGGUAACUUUCCUUGUGAUUCAAUGCAGAUAUAUUGGCAAGUUGACUCGGAGUUGUAUAAAGAUUUUCAGAUAAGGCACAGUGAUAAUGAUCCAUCGGCAUGCUCCAUUGGCAUUUCUCUGAAUGGUGGAGCAAAGUCUCCUUGUUUAAAUCGCUUCAAAGAAGAAUUCUAUGAAGAAAUCAGAGAAACACUAUUGACCUACAAAUUCAAGACACCCAAUAUUUGGCUGACCUAUCCUUGCAUUUACAUGAUGUUCAUUGGUGUUACAAUUUACUUACUAUGGCAGGAUGAUAAAGGGAGAACCCGACUGGUGAGAGUACUCAUUGUGCCUGUGCUGAAAACAGAAUACCCAGACGAUAUUUCUCCUCCUCCUUUAGCAAACGAAUGUCUGCAACAAGGAGCUUCAGUGUAUGUUACCAGCACUGGCGAAGGACGUCAGUGGACAUACGUCAUGACACAAUUGGAGGAAAUGAUCCUGUCUCAGUUAUCGGAGGAAAAGAAGCUGGUGCUUUUGGCUUGUAAGUUCCUCGAAGCAAUCCUCAAUCCUUGUUGGUGGUUCCCCCGUGAACAGAGUCGACGGCAUGGAAGAACUUGGCGUUCGUAUGCUGUCAGCCUCAGUGGAUUUGCAGACAUUCGACAACUCUUGACGCUGUUUCUAGAGGAAGUUUCAGAGACUCGCGAUGAGCAGUGGAAACCAUCCAUGUUCCUUGAGAGAGUUCUGUCUGUUUACCAAAGAGCUACGCGGAGGGAUGAGGUCCGGGCUAAUAUUAAGAUAUUUCUAGACCCUAAACAUAGUGCAUUUACGCCAUCUGACCGUGUGUUGUCAGUUACCGAUUUUCUCAACACUUUGCAUACAGCAAGUACUCCAACAAGUAUGUAAAGCUGCCUUUUUAAAUUGAUCCUUGAUUAGAAUUGUAAAAUAAAUACUUCAUAGAGCCCUUAAAAUCGAUUUAGAAAUAUACUUUUUCAUUUUCAUGAUUAUGGUUUGCAAUUGCUGUGUUUGUAAUUAGUAGGUAGAGAUAAGUUGUGCAUAGCAAUGAUGCUGAAUUUGAAAUAAAAACGUUUUAUACAAACCUAUGGCUAUAUGUUUAAGAAAAAAAUGUGUAUUUGAUUUUCUGUUGAUUAACAAAUAAAAAAUAAAAUAAAAAACGUGAACAUA